CAAGCACAAACCCGGAAGACGGAAAUAAUGUCCGUCGUCGUCCACUAGAGCAAGUCAGUUUGAGGUCGAGUGGAAGUUUACCAUGGCGAUGACAAGUCAGACGUCCUGCUCCUCGAUGAGCAACCACACUAAGGAAAGGGUCACCAUGGCCAAAGUGACUCUGGAGAAUUUUUAUAGCAACCUGAUCUCACAGCAUGAGGAAAGGGAAAUGAGGCAGCAGAAAUUGGAGAAGGUCAUGGACCAAGAGGGACUAGGUGAUGAAGAGAAGCGUCUCCGGCGGUCUGAGCAUGCUAGGAAAGAGACAGAGUUCCUUCGUCUCAAACGAACACGGCUUGGAUUAGAGGACUUUGAGUCACUCAAAGUGAUUGGCCGAGGAGCUUUCGGAGAAGUGCGGUUAGUUCAGAAGAAGGACACAGGACACGUUUAUGCCAUGAAAAUCUUGCGUAAGGCUGAUAUGCUUGAGAAAGAACAGGUUGGCCAUAUUCGAGCAGAAAGAGACAUCCUUGUAGAGGCAGACAGUCUUUGGGUGGUGAAGAUGUUCUACAGCUUUCAGGAUAAGAUGAACCUCUACCUCAUCAUGGAGUUUCUGCCUGGAGGUGAUAUGAUGACUCUACUGAUGAAGAAAGACACUUUAACAGAGGAGGCCACACAGUUUUAUAUCGCAGAGACUGUGCUGGCUAUUGACUCCAUUCACCAGAUGGGCUUCAUCCACAGAGACAUCAAACCAGACAAUCUCCUGCUGGACUCAAGGGGUCACGUGAAGUUGUCUGAUUUUGGCCUAUGCACUGGUCUGAAGAAAGCUCACCGCACAGAGUUCUACAGAAACCUUAACCACAGCCUUCCCAGCGACUUCACAUUACAGAACAUGAACUCAAAGAGGAAAGCAGAAACAUGGAAACGAAACCGGAGACAGUUGGCUUUCUCCACUGUUGGAACCCCUGACUACAUCGCUCCAGAAGUGUUUAUGCAAAAUGGGUACAACAAGCUUUGUGAUUGGUGGAGUUUGGGCGUCAUUAUGUAUGAAAUGCUGAUAGGUUACCCUCCAUUUUGCUCUGAGACGCCUCAGGAAACUUACAGGAAAGUGAUGAACUGGAGGGAAACUUUGACAUUUCCACCUGAGGUUCCCAUUUCAGAAAAGGCCAAGGAUCUUAUCCUCAGGUUCUGCUGUGAGAGUGAACACAGGAUUGGAGCCACUGGAGUGGAGGAGAUCAAAACGAACCCUUUCUUUGAGGGAGUGGACUAUGACCAUAUCAGGGAGAGACCAGCGGCUAUUCCAAUUGAGAUCAAAAGCAUUGACGACACCUCCAACUUUGACGAGUUUCCUGAUUCGGACAUCCUCCAGCCUUCAGUCGCUCCUGUGUCCAACCACACUGAGGCAGAUCUGAAGAGUAAAGACUGGGUGUUCAUCAACUACACAUACAAGCGCUUUGAGGGGCUGACAGCACGAGGAGGCAUCCCAUCGUACAUGAAAACUGGGAAGAGAUAGGCUUCGACAGCACUUGAGAACUUGCUGCACUCUUUCAGUGGUUGUUUUCCCAAAAUGAGACGUUCUCCAUUGCUCCUCCUCGCAUCUCUAGGAUCCUACAUCAUCCGUUUCCUGUUUAGACUCGCCCAUUUAUGGAUGUGGACUUCGCCCACACUCAAUCCAUAGAAAGACAAAAGUUUUAUCUAAGGGCUUCUUUUCCUUUAACACCCUGAAUGUGCUCAUUUCAUCCCUGAGCUUUUGGUUUUAUACUUCUUAAGGAUCUAACAUUUAAGGCAAUCAUAUUUUAGGUUGCCAGAUUUUAUACAUUUUGGAAUGGAGAUAUUUUAGUACUCUGACACUGGUAAAAAAAAAAAAAAAAAAAAAAAGGGCUUGACCAGAAGCUAGUUAAACCUCCUGCACUCAUAAUUGGUUUUAAUUGCAUUAGCAGAGGUGGAUCAUCAGUUGGUUAUAUCCAUAAACUAGUAUUUGUGGUAGAAGCCCUGUCUCAGCAUUUUUCAAGUCCACGUCUGCUGUACACAUUUUAAAGGCUGAAAACUUCCAUUGUGUCCAAUAAGAUGGAUUUUUUGAAAAAUCCAUACUUACUUUUUUUUCUCGUGGUCACCAUCCAAGAUCUCAGCGACAGUGGAAAACAUGGGGCUUCAUAAUCAGUCUUUUCUGAAUGUGAUACACACAAACCCCCGGAGCUGCAGAUGAUGCCUUACAUACGGAUCCUUCCUAUACACCAGCAGAAACAUCAUGAAUGCAUUUGCCAAUCAAACCAAAUUGUUCAUCAGCUUGCUAGCAAACAUUACCAGCUGAUGUCAAAGACCAAGCAAACUCUAGCAAACGGACAAGCGUUUGUUUUUUAUUUAAUGGGUCAUUUUAGCCACUGACUGAUUCAGAAGUUGCUUGGUGCUAAUACUGUCGUUUCUCUUGAGAAAUGGUUUCAUUGCUGAUGUUUGGGGAACAAAGUCUCAUUUUUUUGCAUCUUGAGGAAAAUAACAACACUAUUCAGGGAUUUGAAUUUGAUCGAGUCUUCCAUUUUGAUAUUGGGGAUGAUAUUACCAAAGAGGCGCCACUUUUGAUCGGCUUUAUGGGCUUGACUCUCGAUGUUGUUUGGUCGUGGAUGCUUAAGCUUUCAUACAGCAUUAAUUAUACGUUCUUAAGCUGUUAACGUAUAAACUUGUAGCAAAAGAUUCAUUCCAUAAUGGUUCCAGUCAGUCUGCGUUAUUGGAUGCUGCUUGUAUCAGCAUGUUGCUUGUGAUGGCUGACUUUGUAAAAAAUCAAACAAAGGUGUCAAGUACAAUUUUCAGAAGUGUGUGAGUUUCCAGACAGAGAAUGACUGAGUCAUAUUUCAACAAUCAGGACCCAUAUGUCUUCUUUCUGUGACCAAAUUGAAUGUAUCUUGAAGAUUUAAAUAGGCUUCUAGAAGUUGCAUUUGUUAAGGAUUGGCUGCCCUGGAAUGAUCGGAGAUUCCCCUGAAUGCUUGAGUGAAUGAUUUGAUGACUAAACAGCAUGACAAAGGUUUUGUAUAUGGAAUUGCUUGUUAGAUCUCGAGCUGAGCAGCUGUUGAACACAAUAUACUGCAAGAGAAAUAUUAUCACAAGUAACAGAUUACUGUAUCGCAGAAUGCUACAAAUAGAAGUAGCAUGAAAUUGUGAUUGAAUAGUGUUUUUUAUCCUUAGAGCAAUAUGUGACCGUCUUAGGUCUGGAUGUGUAUUAUUAUUAUUAUUAUUAUUAUUAUUAUCCUUUUUUAAUAUAUAAGAGUGGCUGGAGAUUUUCAUGCUGUCUGAGAGUCGGCCUGUUGCAUGUUUUUUUGUGCUGGACAAAUCAAAAGAGCUAUGAAUGAGUUGGAGAAUUUGUAUUUAGAUUUUUCUUUUUGCUGCUUUGUUUAUUUGUUUCACUUGUUCUACUGUUUUUGAAUGGGAAUAUGUGAGGGUGAUUUCAUGGUUAUCGCUUAUGAAAGAUGGCUUGAUGAAAUGAUACACUGUCUACAAGAAGCAGAUCACAGGCUGGGCUGCUUUGUAUCUCUUGAUGCUGUAUCUCGCAUGCUGAAAAUGACCAUGAAACCAGCGUGUCAUAAUGAUAGUGUGUCUGUUUUCAAAUCUCACCUAUUUUUCUGUGGGUUUCUUGCUUGCAACCUUGUCCUAAUGUGAGGAUACUCUCUUUGAAUGAGAAAAAUUACUUUUUCUUUUUUCUUUUCAAAGAUUAACAAUGCACCUUUUGCUAGUUGUGAUGUCAUGUAUAUUUAAAACACACACACACACAUUGACACAUGGCAGGUUGUUAAAUACACACUGAAUGACUGUUGUGUUGUUUGCCUGUAAAAGUUUGUAUUUCUUUUUGCAACUUUUUUUCACCUAACCGGAUGUAGACUAGUCUUAAGAUUUCUGGGGUCUACAUUUACUUGCUUAGAGCUAAAGAAAUAACUACACCAAUGUGUAUAAAGGAGUUUAUUCACACUGGCACUAGUCCUUACAAACUAUCCAAUGUUUUGCUGUUAAUCCAGUGCUGAUGGAGGAACUGCACUCCUGCUUCUGGAUGGUUUGAACACCGUUCCAGUUUUCACUGAUGUCACAUUCUGCUGUGGGAGGUGGACGUUAUUCCUCUCUCUGCCUUAAGUUUGAGUUGUAGAGUGUUUGUGGAUUUUUCCUGCGCUCACAGAGCACCUUUCACUGGUUUAUUUGUUUGAUAGAGAGUUUGUUUUUGAGGUGUGGGCACACUUUGACCUAUUAAACGUCCUGAAUAAAAUUCCAGUUCAUUUAAA